AUGUAUUUCAAAAGGAGAGCGAAUACUCAAUUUAUAAAUUUAGCUCCAGAGAUUCCACACUCUACAAGAAUUUUUGGACUUCUUUACUUGUUUUUGUUGAGAAACAAUGCCCCUAAAUGUGAGAAUGUGAGCUUCACUGCAGGCUAUCCAAUUCGACAAUUGAAAGAACCUAUACCAAUAAUAAUUGGAGUGUCAGUUUGCUAG